AGGGGGAGUGUGUCGAGUUUCAGCAAGCACGGGAGUGACCGAGCACUGGCAAGUCAGUCUGCAGGAGACUCGGAGCGCGACAGUACGGCACAACAGAGCUCGGCAAAUGGCAGAGCGGCGAAACGCACCGACUGCGUAGACCAUUGGACAUCUCAACAGGACAUUAGUGACUGAAUUAAAUAGUCGAAAUCAGAAUGCCUCGUGUCAUUUCAAAACUGAAAUCGAAAUUCUAAAGUUGAUCAUCAGGUAGUUGCCCGCGGAAGACAGCUGUUGUCUGCCCUAUACGGCCUCUCCUUAGAAGUUAAAUUACAGUUUUGUUCUCUCCCUCGCUGGUUCUUUCCCCUUUACCGGCCCCUGGAUGUCUGUUGGAGUUUUCUUUUGGAUGCAAUUUUAACCGAAUAUCUAAAUCAACAUGGAAGAGAAUCAAAAGUGGAAAGUUUCGCCUCCGUCCGUCACGGAGAGGACUUGUAGCGAGCAUCCCGCAAAACGCUUUUUGGAAAUUGCGGACCGGUCCGGUCUUACCGUUUGCGUCGCGUUGACUUUGAUGUGUUUGGGAUUUUGCACUUUGAUUUUUCUGAGGACCUCGGAACUACAGUCCCGGAUCGUCAGUCUGGAAAGCCAGAGAGACACGCAGCUAUCGGGCUGGAUCGCUCUGGAACAGGUGGAGCCCGUUAUUCUCAGUCGACUGGAUCAGAUUCUAGAGGAGAAGCUCGCUGCACGCCUGCCCAAGAUCCGCGAAACCAGAGACGCCCCACGUGACUGUGUCUGCCCGCCAGGACCUCCUGGACCGCCUGGACGCGCUGGCUUCCCGGGCGACAAAGGAUUCAUGGGGAUACCGGGAAGAAUGGGGGCGCCAGGGGAGCCUGGUCUAUCUAUCAUUGGCCCACGAGGACCUCCUGGACAGCCAGGCACAAGAGGAUUCCCAGGUUUUCCGGCCAGUUCGUGGCAGGGAAGGAGAUGUGAUGGAUUUUGCACAUGUGUUUGUAAACCCUCUUCUGCUCACACACAGGGCCAGCACGGACUCAAGGGCGACGCGGGUCCUCGUGGUCCAAAAGGAUUGCCGGGUGAACCUGGACCCAAAGGAGAGAAGGGUUUAUGUGGAGAGUAUUCUCACCGGAAGCGUCGCAUCGUCCACAGCUGUGCAGGAGGACAGGCCAGUCAGGGAGAACCCGGACCUCCAGGACCACCUGGCCCUCCUGGUGUUCCAGGACUCAACGGACCCAGCGGCCCUCCGGGAAAACCGGGGGAGCCUGGCAAACCAGGGAAGGACUCUAAGAUGCUGCUAGGAAUGAAGGGGAGCCAGAGUACUGUGGGCCAAAGGGUGACCGCAUGCGAUGUCGGCCCACUGGGACCUGAAGGCCCCAAAGGCCUGAAGGGUGACGCAGGAGAGAAGGGGUCAGAGGGCAGGAUGGGAGUGGCGGGCCAGAGAGGAGAGAAGGGUGAGCGCGGAAUACCGGGAAUCCCGGGAAUCCCAGGGAAACAUGGAGGAAAGGGGGAUUCUGGGUUUCCAGGCAUCCCUGGCCUCAAGGGCUCGGCAGGUAUUCCUGGUAUCCCUGGGAAACGUGGCUACAGGGGAGAUAAGGGAGAUAAGGGAGAUAAGGGAGAACCCAGUGCAGCAGGAAGCGGAAUCAAAGGAGAACCGGGAACCCCAGGAACCCCAGGAACCCCAGGAACCCCAGGUCCAGCAGGACUCAAGGGCGAUAAAGGCGAGCAGGGAAUCAAGGGCGACAUAGGGGCAGUAGGAGCAGAAGGACCUGCUGGACCAAGAGGACCCCAAGGGCUUGCAGGAGAACCAGGCAAAGCUGAAAUCAACAACAAUGAAAAUGAUAUCCGAAAUGUUCCACUUAUGGGUCCCCCUGGUUUACCGGGCCCUCCAGGAACUCCUGGCAAUCCUGGGAUGAAGGGUGAUAUUGGAUUACCAGGACCUCCAGGUCAUGAUGGAGAGAAGGGUCCGAGAGGGAAGCCUGGAGAGCAGGGUCCUGCAGGUCCCCGCGGCCCAGAGGGCCAACGUGGGGAGGGGGGGCUGAUGGGAUACCCCGGACCCAAGGGCGACAAGGGGGACACGGGCCAGUCUGGGCCACCCGGCCAGAAAGGAGAUGCUGGGGAGAAAGGAGGAGUGCCUGACAUGGUCUAUGGGCCCCCAGGACCUCCAGGGGCACAAGGGCCAGUUGGCCCCAUGGGGCCCCAGGGCCACUCCGGGCCGAAGGGGGAGCCGGGCAUUGGUAUGCGUGGGGAGAAGGGAGCCACAGGCCAGAAGGGAGACAAAGGGGACAGGGGUCAUCUAGGACUGCCUGGCCUGAUAGGGCCAGCAGGAGUCUCUGGACCAGCAGGACCAAAGGGAGAAAGGGGAGAUAAAGGAGACAUGGGAGUAGCUGGACCAAUCGGGCCUCAAGGCAUCCCUGGUUUAGUUGGACCACCUGGGCUGAAAGGCACAAGGGGGGAAAGGGGCAAGAGAGGCAACAGGGGGGCCAAAGGGGAUAAGGGAGACCAAGGAGCCCCAGGAUUAGAUGCCCCGUGCCCGUUGGGUGAGGAUGGUCUACCUGUACCAGGCUGUUGGAAUAAAGGCCAGAAUCCCUUCCAGCUGGCGAAGAAGUAGCCGGGCCUGACUGCAGACUGUGGCUUGUUCACUUUCACACAAAACCGCAGCAGGAAACUUGAGGAGGAUUUUGGUGAGAAUCUUUCGGAGUUUCGGAUUCGCCACUGGGGUCGCCACGCCAACGGAUUUCCCUGCAGACUGAGUGAUAAUUCUGCAAUGUUGGCUGGCACCACCAGGGGGCGAUGUGGGCUGGCUGAUCUCUUGUUCUAAAAAAAAAGAGGAUUUGACCUAUGACCUUUAUGUUCUUUAUCAAAGGCUUCAUUGACACUGACAGAAAAAAACAACAACAGGAAAAAAGCAAGAUGCAUUUAAUUUUUUUUGUAUGACUUUGUUUUUGACUUUCAGAUUUUGUUCACUAUGUGAAAGACUUUGUAUAGAGUAUUCUAAUUUCACUUUAUUUCACAUUUUAUUAUUAUGAUUAUUAUUAUUAUUUUCUAAAUCUUUUUAUGCCAGCUACUGUGAUCCCAGAGUUCAGUGCAGCUCACAGGACCGGCCGAUGACCCGCUUGGUCCGGCUCGGUCCGGCUCGGGCAGCAGUCGACUGUGGGUCGGAUCCGGCUGGGUUCAGGCACAGGUCCGCCUCAGAGUCGCCUCUAUCGGGCCAUGACGCCUCUAGCCACAGACGCCAAAAAAGCUUUCCUCACAUGAUUCCUGAUGCCAGACCCACACUGCCUUCUGCUAGCCAGGG